AAAAACCUAAAAAAGAUUUAGAAACGGAAGAACAAACAGCAAGCGAAGCAUCGCCAGAUUGGUAUAUCGAUCGAUUGAUCGGUGGCGGAGGAAGGGGAGGACGGGGGGCAGAUGGCGGCGUGCCGGGGCUUCUUCGAGUGCCUGCUCAGGCUGCUCAACUUCAUCCUCACCGUCGCCGGCCUCGCUAUGGUUGGUUACGGGAUCUACCUGCUCGUCGAGUGGAUGAAGAUAUCCGAGGACGGCAUCGGCGGGGCUUCGACGGCGGAGGUGCUCGUCUCUGGCCGGCCGUUGUUGGGGGCUGUCAUUCUCGGUGACAGCUUCCUCGACAAUCUACCCAAAGCAUGGUUUAUUUAUUUGUUUAUUUGUGUUGGCACCAUCGUCAUCUUGGUGUCUCUGUUUGGCUGCAUUGGAGCAGGGACAAGAAACACCUGCUGUUUGUGUUUCUAUGCUUUCUUGGUCAUAUUGUUGAUCCUUGCUGAAGCUGCAGCUGCUGCAUUCAUUUUCUUUGACCAUGGCUGGAAAGAUGUAAUUCCAGUGGACAAAACACAUAACUUUGAUGUUAUGUAUGACUUUCUGAAGGAAAACUGGGAGAUUGCAAGAUGGGUCGCUCUGGGCGUUGUUGUUUUUGAGGCAGUGCUCUUGCUGUUAGCUCUGGCUGUCAGGGCAAUGAACAAACCUGCUGAGUAUGACAGUGAUGACGAAAUUAUAGCAAUUGGCCGAAGCCCUACCAUCCGGCAGCCACUGAUCCAUACCCAAAAUGUUCCUGCCACUGGUGUUCCUGUCCCAACACUUGAUCAACGUGCAAGUAGAAAUGAUGCCUGGAGCCAAAGGAUGCGAGAGAAGUAUGGUCUGGACACGAGCCAGUUCACAUACAACCCUUCAGACCCAAGCAGGUACCAGCAAAAUGGCACGCCACGGGCUGAAGAAAGGAGUCGAUGCACUAUAAUGUGAAGAAUUCUUCAUGAGGUCCUACGAGAUAAUAGACUUUCUUGAAGGGGCUACUGUAGUUUGGUGUUACCAGUGUUGUUCAGACUUUACACAGCGGUGUGUGGAAUAGAAGAAUCCCGACCAUAUUUUUUGUCACGCUCG